AUGGCCAAUGUACAAAAUAGCCUGCCUGCCAUUAUACAGGCCGUCGAAUGGACAAGCCUACCACCCGAAUUCCGCCGCCUGGGCCUCUCAGAACAUUCAAUCAAUCAGAAGCGAGGGAAACUGCUCGACUCGUUUCUUGAAGGGCCCAUAUACGUCCCAGCACUGGAUCUUCUUUUUGUCACAGACAUCCCAUACGGCCGUAUCUUUUCCAUCGACUCCAAUGCAAACUGGACCCUCGUCACGGACUACGAUGGCGAACCAAACGGACUGGUGUGGAACCACAUCACCAAAAAGAUCAUCAUCGCCGAUUUCAAACAAGGCAUACUCGAGCUUGACCCCAUCAGCAAGGAACUCAAGACGAUCGUAGCGCGAUUCCAGGGUGAGCGCCUGAAAGGGCCUAACGACCUCGUUAUCUCUGCCGACGGCGUGAUCUACUUUACUGAUCAAGGGAUGACCGGUCUUCAAGACCCAACCGGCAGAGUCUUCCGUCUGUAUCCUGAUGGACGAUUGCAACUACUUAUCUCAAAUGGGCCAUCGCCGAAUGGGCUGGUUUUGAGUCGAGACGAGAAGGCCCUAUUCGUGGCGAUGACUCGUGAUAAUGCCGUGUGGUAUGUCCCUCUUUUAUCGGAUGGUUCUGUACAGCGCAUUGGUCGGUUCUCUAGCUACUAUGGUAUUGGGGGCCCAGAUGGCAUGGCACAAGAUGCUGAGGGAAAUAUUUUGGUGGCGCAUUCAACUCUGGGUACUGUGUUCGUGCAUGCCGCGAAUGGAGAGCUAGUUAUGAAGGCUAAGAGCCCUAGAGGGGCCCAUACGACGAAUCUUACAUGGGGCAGUCCGUCUAUGAACGUGCUCUAUAUAGUUGAAAGUCAGACGGCUACGAUAUUGAGGGUUGACUGGCACUGUCAAGGAUGGUUGAUGAAAUCGGGUAAGGAGUAA